CAGUGGAAGUUCAGAAUCUGUGACGUCUGGCGGCUUUUUACGCGAUCAAUUUAUAUGGAUUAACCGAGCGCGUAUGAAUAGUUUUUGACAGUUGCUGCUUCAUUACGCGCAACAGCAGCUUCCAACCGAUUUUAACAGACUUGCACUGGAUUAAAGAGGGGUUUCAAUGGAGCCCAAAACUGCACAAAAUGAGAAGUUUUUCAUCGUCCUACGGGGGAAGUCGAGGAAAGGCUUCUGUCGAGGAUGUAUCGGCCGUGUGGAGGCAGAGACGCAGCGCGGUGAGCUGAUGGGGCUCCUGUACGGCAGCGGCAGCUCAGGAAGCCCCAAGAACGGAGGCAUCGUGAGGAGAGAGGACACGUACCCGCUGAGCAGACACCAGGCGCAGCUCCUGCUCUUUGUCACCUCCGCAAGCAAGCGCCUGGAGCUGCUCUGCAACCCGCAGCUGUUCUCGGCCAUCUGCGAGUUGUCUCAGGACGACCUGGUGGUGGUGAAGCACAAGAAGGGACAUCUGCCCGGCCUGGUGAAGAACCUGAUGCAGAUUGGAAGGAAGGAGAACAAAGACGACCUGCACAUGCUCGGCUUUGAGGUGGAAUUUGUGGACAGUGAUCACAGUUUGUCAACCAAGAAGCCUGCUCCUCUGCCCCUUUUCAGCGCUGCAGACAUUGUCCAGGUGGUCCCAUCUUACUCUGUCCCCCUUGGACUGCACUGGAGAGACGGAAAAUGUGGAGGGCUGAACAGAAAGGCGGUGACACGCAUCAAUUCCAUGCCACAUAUCAGCUCUCAUGCGCGACAAGUGAGGGAGAACCACACGGAGCAGAGUGUCACUCAGAACCAGUGUCUGAGCACAUCUCACGUCUCUCUGGAGGUGGGAUCCAUGGUGGAGGUGGUUUCCAACUCGGGGAUCACAGUUUAUGGGGUCAUCCGGUGGUUGGGGGUGCCUGGAGGAAAGGCAGCUGAAUGGGCUGGGAUUGAAUUGGACUUUGAAGUGAAGGGCUGCUCUGAUGGGACGUACGGAGGUCAGAGAUAUUUCACCUGCAAAGAAAGCAGGGCUUUGUUUGUUCCCAUCACAAAGUGCAGCCCUGAUAGCAGGUUUGUCUGCUUGUCUACAGAAGGGGAGACCCUCAAACCCACAGAAACACCUCCAGUUCCUCCAUUUGAUGACUCAGAAGAGGAUGCACCGCCUGUCCCUGAAUCAGAGGCAUUGUCAUUGUUAGUGGGAAGAAUGAAAGGGAUUCAGGGUCACAUUAAUUCCUGUUACCUCGACGCAACACUCUUCAGUUUGUUCAGUUCAUCCGUGACCCUGGACAGCAUCUGCCAGAUACCUGCUGACACAGAGAAACCCAUAACCUGUACUCUGAGAACAAUCGUCAACCGUUUACGCAGACAAGGGUUUGUGCCAGCAGAGAGUGUGAUGAAUUUUCGGAAACAACUUGGCUGUGACACGUUUCGCACAGACGAGAAAGACCCAGAAGAGUUCAUCACGGUCCUCUUUCAGAAGGUGCUUUGCUUGGAGCCACUUCUCAAGCUCAGAUCGAAAAGUGAAACGUCUCAGGGUGCCUACACUUUCCAGAUCUUUCUGGAAAAAGAGCAGAUGGGACCGAUGCCCACCGUCCAACAGCUGCUGGAGACAUCCUGCCUGUCAGGUGAUCUCAAAUUUGAGACGAUGCCUUCCUGUCUGAUAGUUCAGAUGCCAAGAUUUGGAAACAAGUACAAGAUGUUUUCUCACAUUAUUCCUUCCACGGAGCUGGACGUCACAGAUCUCCUGUACAACUCUCCAAGGGAAUGCUUCGUCUGUGGGUGCUUGGCAGAGUACGAGUGUCUUCAGUGUCUAUCAGAUCACAAGUUGCAGCCAGGAAGAAUCAAACAGUACUGCACGACCUGCAACAAGCAGGUGCACGCCCAUCCCUUGCGGCAGGGUCACUCUCCCAGUUCUCUACCAGUCGCAGCAGAUGUGGCUGCUGAAGCUCCAGUGCCCAGACACACAAUGCAGCUGUUUGCUGUGCUCUGCAUUCAAACCAGCCACUACGUGUCCUUCGUUAAGUACGGCCCUGACCCUCGCUCUUGGCUCUUCUUUGACAGCAUGGCAGACAGAUGUGGUGACGAUCAAAGUGGCUACAACAUUCCUGAGAUCCGAGCUUGUCCGGAGCUGGGCGACUUCCUGUGCCAGUCAGAGGAGGAUCUGGCUCGAUCCAACCCUUCCCAGGCUCCUGAACUCGUGCGCAGGCUGCUGUGUGACUCCUACUUGUGUUUAUAUCAGAGCACAGCCACGCCACUUUGAAAGCCAAACAACUAGAAGCCUUUAAUGCAUGUGAGGACAAGGACACCGUGUUCCUGCAACAGUGCCUUUUAAUAACCUUACAUUCUGCUAAAUCAGCUUUAGUGCACUUUAUUACUUCCAAACAACAGGAACAUAAAUGGAUGCUUUUAACAUCACAGAAAAUUACUUAAUUGUACUAAAAGCAGAUAUUUAUGUAUAAGGCGAGAAAGCAGUGAAAAUAUAACGGCUUCAGCUUUUUGUUUUUUUUACCCUUGAAUGUCUUUCUGUUACACUGAUUAUUUAUACAAAGAUUUUUAAAGGAAAAUGCAACAUAGAUGAUUUUUAUUAUUUUAUUCUUGUUUUUUUGUGUUUUAUUCGGCAAAUUAAAGUCGAUUUAAGCACUUAA